CUUCCGCUUCCGGGGCGGCGAAGAUGGCGGCGAGGCCUUGGCUGAGCGCGGCGGCCUGGGGGGGGCGGCUGGCCGGCCGAAGGUACUGCUCAGGAAAUGCGGGACUACAGGAAAAAUCUCCUGAUCCUCAAGGAUUAUUAGAAGUGGCCAAUAUAAACAAAUGUAUUAAUGAAGAAAGAAUUGUUCUUCCAAAAAAGAAAACCUGGGACAAAUUGGCAGUCCUCCAAGCCCUUGCAUCAACAGUCCGCAGGGAUACCACAGCUUCACACCCAGUGUUUCAAGAUGACCCUUAUCUUAUUCCUCGAACCAAUACUGAGUUUCGUUUGUUUUCCAUGUCAAAAGAGUCUGGGAAAAAUGCAGCCAGAUUUAUAGUUAACACACAUCCUACGCUUUUUGAGAAAGACAUCGCUGAACCUUCAAUACUGUGUCUAAUGCCCGAGAAUUUGAACUUGCAACUUGAAGAAGUGUCUGAGGCUGCCCUUCAAGAACGGAUCCGGCUCAGAAAAGUGCAAGCUUCUGUGGACAUGUACGAUCAGCUCCGGCAAGCAGGAAUGACUGUAUCUCUGGAGACAUCGAACAGCCUUCUGGAUCUCUUGUGCUUUUAUGGAGACCAGGAACCUGGCCAGGCAACCCAUUCUGCAGACAACGGGGGCGGCUUAGAAGAACAGGAGGAAGGUGUGGAAGUCCGAAAGCAGAGAGGCAGGACGUGGCGCCCUUCUGAGACCUCUUGUGUGAAGUGGAGGGAGAAGAAUGCUGCGGAGAGGGUGUUCAGCCUCAUGCCAGAGAAAAAUGCCCAUUCCUAUUGCACAAUGAUCCGGGGGAUGGUGAAGCAUAGAGCUCCCGUGAAGGCUUUUGACAUGUACACGGAGUUGCUGAACAACAGGCUGCAGGGCGAUGUGCAUACCUUUAAUGCAUUAAUUUCCUCAGCUGUGGAAGUGAAGAAUAAAUAUGUUGAAAGAUGGAACCUUGUGGAAAGCUUGCUGACAGAGAUGGCGCAACAGAAUGUACGGCCAAACCUGCUGACCUUUAACUCUGUGCUGAAGGUGCUGGGCCAGUGCGGCUCUUUGAGCAGGAGCCUGGCUUUGCAGACCUUGAGUGAGAUGAGUGCCCUCCGGAUAGAACCCAGUUUGGCAACCUAUGACCAUCUCCUGGGCAUAUUUGCUAGAUCUGCUAUAUCUGCUCAUGGCCCAACAGAAAUUAUCUAUGAAAUAGUGGAUGAAAUUGAAGGAAAGAACUUUUACUCCCAGGACCCAGCAGAUGCAAACUUUUUUUCAAAUGCUAUGAGAAUCUGCCUGGAGCUCAAGGAUGUUCAGCUGGCCUACAGGCUACACCGAGUGGUAGAGACGGGAGAGAACUGGAAGCUGAUGGGAGAGAUGCCCCAGCAGGCCUCUUAUUGUGGAAAGUUUUUAAAUUUGUUGUGCCUGAUGGAACAUCUUGAUGUUGCUCUGAAGUGGUACAGAGAACUGGUUCCUUCUAUGUUUUACCCAAACACUGAAGGGAUGCUGGAUCUUCUUCAAGCACUGGAUGCGUCCAGCCGUUUGGAUAUGAUCCCCCAGAUUUGGAAAGAUAUCAAGCAGCUUGGGCACGGUUACAGGCCUGUUCUUGUGGAGGAGGUUCUGGCUCUGAUGGCCAGGGAAAGGCAGCCUCCAGAGACUCAGGUGGCUUUUGCGGAUUGUGCUGCAGAUGUCCACGAGGUGCAGGAAAGAAGCCGCCUCCCGCUGGAAUGGACGGCCACUGCUCUGGGGAACUGCGCUCUCCUCUUUGCCAGGGCUGGCAGAACGCAAGAAACCUGGAACAUGCUGCAGCUCUUCAAGAAACACAACCGUGUCCCCAGUGAUCUAGUGAUGUCUGAGGUGCUGAACAUGAGCAUCAAACAUAAUGACCCAGGUCAGGCACUUAACCUGGUAAAGUUAGCUGCUGAUUUCAGUCUACAAUGGACUUCGAAGCUUGCUGAGAAAGUGCAGAAGGAAUUCCAGCUCUCUGAAGAACAAAGGAGCGCUUUGGAGGAGAUCGUGGCCAUGAGCAGCAACAGCAAUGAAUAGACGCCUCUGAGGAGCCUCUCCCUGUUUCAUGAUCUGCCAUGGGAUGGACAAAGGGGCUGCCCUCGGAGACUGUGCGGCUGCAGGCAACGGAAUUAGGAACGUGCCCUGAAGAACAGUCCAGUCUACCCUCUUCGUGGGCGGGCAUCCCUCCCCCACUACCUUCUUUUAAAAAAGAGAAACUAAAGAUACGUCCCUAGAAAAGACACUGUAUAGGAUGGCUGCUGUAUUUUCCACAGAUGCUAAGAAAACUGGAAACUGCAAUACUA